CCUUGUGGGCUGAGCUUUAUUUACCGUUGCCAUGGGAAAUGGAGGCCGCAGGAGUUUGGCGACUUUGUCAACAAGUGUUUACACUUUAACUUGUUGACGCCGUUUAUUCACUCGAGUGAAAUGUCAGCUGCUCCUGUGUAACUUACAAACCUGCCAUGUUUAAUCGAAAUACUGCGCUGCCUGUGCGUCCUUUGGGUAGGCCUUCUGUUAAACCUGUCUCGGUUUGUGCCCAGAAACUUUGUGCACGGAGCAUCGGAUGUCCGGACACCCGGGAGGAUCAUGACCGCCGAAAGCUGCACCUGGACCGGCAGACCGGCCCAGGAGCUCCCUGGAAGUCAGGUGCAGCUCUGCAGCGGCCCUCACACCCGGGGAAGGUGACUACAGAUGACUCACCAAAGACAGGGGACCGGUCUGUUUACAGCAAACCUCCAGAUUCCACAGGAAGAAGCAAGAGUUUGCCAGUUUGUCAUACCCAGGCUGGAAAAAGAGCAGAUAUUGUUUCCUUGAGGAAGCAUCUGGCCCAGGCCAGACGUUUGGCAUCAGCAAUUAAGCAAGGCCAGAGCUACUUCCACCUCCUGCAGAAAGAGGAGCAGGAGGAGAGGCAGCGGAGGAGAAGGGAGGAGCAGCUGAGAAUGGAGCCACAACCUCCAUUCUCCUCUGACUUGGACAGCUAUUCAGAAGGGUGGCUCGUGCCUGCAGGAAGUAGCUGGCCAGGUGGGAGCGAUGCAAGAUGCUGGAGGAAGAAGAGCCAGUCAGCUCGGCCUUUCACCCCUGUCCAUCACUCUCUGACCUCCCCUCUGCUGAGUGAAGCACCGAGGGAGGUCAUCUACCGCCAGCUCUGCUGUCUGAAUUGGUUGCUGGAGGCACUGACUCUGGAUCGGUCCGGCAGAGUCGGCCCCCUCACUGCCUGCUGGGAUCCCAAAGACCCUGGCCGAGGCAGGACCACAAUAAGGACACUGAAAAAAGAGAGGGCCAUUGAGAACAAAUGGGAGCAGUUUGUUUCGACCAAGCCUCAGAGAGCUCAUCCCAGGCGCCCUCCCAGCUCCUCUGCUGCCCUCCACACUUGGAGAAGAUCUUCUUUCAUGAGUGUGGCCUCCUUCUCAGGCCUCACCUCCACCACUGUGGGCAGCAGUCUGUCUUCUUUGGUCCCAGGCCUCGAGGAGGACAUGGCAGCGGUGGAGACUGACCAACGUCCAUCAGAAUGUCUUCGCACACUGGCAGAUGUCCAGCAGUGGAUCAAGAAAGAGCACCAAAGCUCUCAAACCAGCAGUGUCACAGACGGUUUGAAAGCACCUGAGUCCAGAGCUCAGCCUUUACCCCAGAGAACAGAGAACCAAACUGGCUCCAAAACUGCAGCAACAUCCCAACCUAAAAGCUGUCCUGCUGAGCCCCCCUCAACCAUCAGUCAUCUCAAUGACAGCAAGGUCUCCAUGCUGCAGGAGCUGAGGGCUGCCUUUGAGGAGAGGGCAGAGGAGGUGGCUGAGCGCUACAUCAGCGUCCUGGAGCUCAAGGCCAGGGAGUGGCUGAACAGCAGUCUCCAGAGAUAUCAAGCCUCUCGUCACAUGACCGGGUUCCUUCACCCUCCUGUGACCUGCAAGUCCCAGGAGGAAGAGGCUCCGAACAGCAGCAGUAAAAACAAGCACAAUAUGUGGCUGUCUACUCUGCUGAGCAGCCUGCCUGAGGAGGUGCGUAAGGAGCAAGCGGUGAGCCGGGUGCUAAAGAAGUUAAGUGGUUUUGCAGAGCAGCAGACGAUCAGGGUUCGACCUCAGCUCUUUCUGAAGGUGCUGGGGGGUCUGGAGGCAUGGGAGCUGUGUCUGCCUGAGCUGUGUGUGGCCAUCCAGGUUGUCAUAGAGCAUGUGGUCCAGAUGUCCAGGGAAGAAUACGAUGCCUGGCUGUUUUCCAGGGUCACUGUACCCCCACAGUACCACGGUGCCCCUCAUACACCAGGUGAACCACACUCAGGAAGACCUGUACAGAAGGCAGAAGGCAGUGACAAAUAGAUGACACACACAACCACAAAUGUUCUAAUCUAAAUGUGAGCUUGAGGUUGAAAUUACCUAAAAUAGCCUUAAAAGUAAUGGGGCAAAAAAUCCUGUUAUCAGGCUUUUCGGCUUAUUCACAUGAAUGGAAAAGUGGGAGAUUUUAGCACCACAGAGCCAACAGAAAAUAAAAUGUAGAUUAAAGAUUAAAUUAUUUUUACCCUAAGCAUGUAGAGGAAGAGGAUAAACACAGAGGGUGCUUCCCAUAAUCUUAAAAUGUCGCCUCCUUUCGUUCACUCACAUCUUAUCCUUGCGUCCUCCCACAUAAGAUGUGAGGGGAAAAAAUACAAGGAGAGAGAAAUGAAGCAACUGUGUUUGUAGAGGCAUGAGACGUCCUUUCGUCCAAUCUGUCAUCUGAAACAAUGUUAGCAUAUAUGUUUUAAAUAAAAUGGAAAUUAUGUAAAUAUCACGUCAAAGUAUUAUUUCUACCUGAUGCGCAGGGAUUUUUAACCUGAA